AUGGAAUACUUUAAAAGCAGUUUGAAAUCUGUUCUGGGAGCACCUCCUCCAGGAAAUCAACCCACUGGUGCUGACACGGUGGAGCGAUUAGUAGAUAGGCUUCAGUCUUCGACCUUGCUGGAUGACAGAAGAGAUGCUUGUCGAGCCCUCAAAGCACUCUCUCGAACGUAUCGGGUGGAAGUUGGUGCCCAAGGGAUGGAUGCACUUAGGCAAGUUCUUGAAAUGGAUAGAACCGACUGUGAAAUCAUAGGCCUAGCUUUGGAUACCUUGUGUAAUGUUACUAAUCCUGAAAUAUUUGAUGAGGAAGUUGAUAAGCAUGGACCAAAGAAUAAAAUCGGAGAGCAAUUCACAGAAAUAUUUAUCAAACAACCAGAUAGCGUUGGUCUAGUGUUAACAUUUUUAGAGGAAUUUGACUUUAGAGUUCGCUAUCCAUCCUUGAAACUAUUAACACAUUUACUAGCAAAUCGACCAAAAGAUAUUCAAGAAAUUAUACUUGAAAGUCGUAUGGGAGUUUCUAAAUUAAUGGAUCUUCUGACUGAUAGUCGAGAAGUUAUUCGUAAUGAUGCUCUUUUAUUGCUUAUACAAUUAACUAAAGGUAAUGCUAACAUCCAAAAAAUUGUAGCAUUUGAAAAUGCGUUUGAUAGGAUAUUUGAUGUAAUUUUACAAGAAGGUGGAAUAGAAGGAGGCAUAGUUGUUGAGGAUUGCCUCUUACUUAUGUUAAAUCUUUUAAGAGGAAACGUCAGCAAUCAAAAUUUUUUUAAAGAAGGUAGUUACAUACAAAGACUGACUCCCAUGUUUCAAAUGCCACCUGAAACGGAAGAAGGUCCUUUUGUUGGCUGGAGCUCUCAAAAGGUAUCAAAUGUGCAUUGCAUGGUGCAAGUAAUUCGAGCAUUAGUUGCUCCAAGUGGGUCAGCACGGACUGUUGCAGCCUGUCAGCGAAUUAUGAGAGCUUGUGGAUUACUGCAAGCUUUGUGUGACAUUCUAAUGGCAGGUGGAAUCCCUGCAGAUGUAUUAAUGGAAACCAUAAAUGCAGUUGCAGAAGUUAUCAGAGGAAACGCUAGUAAUCAAGAAUUUUUAGCUGAUGUUAUGGCACCAAGUAAUCCGCCAAGGACAGCAAUAGUGGUUUUAUUGAUGUCAAUGGUUAACGAGAGGCAACCUUUUCUCCUUCGAUGCUCGGUACUGUAUUGCUUUCAGUGUUUUUUGUACAAGAAUGAAGCUGCACAAACACAAUUAGUACAAACAUUAUUACCACAAGGAAAUGAAGCAAUGUCGUUAACUACAGGUCAAUUACUUUGCACUGGAUUACUGUCAACAGAUUCAUUAUCAAACUGGUUUUCUGCCGUUGCCUUAUCCCAUGCUUUAAUUUGUAAUAUCACUCAAAAAGAGUUACUAUUGAGGGUUUUGUUGGCUACGAAUACUAAUAAACCUCCAGUAACGUUAAUGGAAAAGUGCGUUACAUUGCUUCAGCAAGGAAACAGAACGCAGAGCAAAUUGGGGCUUCUGAUUCUACUUUGCAGAUGGACAGCACAUUGUCCAACUGCUGUAGAAACUUUCCUUUCCAUAGAUUCAUCAUUUGCCUAUUUAAUGGCAUUGUUGUCCUCACAGGAAAAUAAUGAUGAUAUGCAAGAAGCUUUACUUCAAAGUCUGUGUGCAUUACUUAUUGGUCUAUGUGUGCACUUCAAUAAUAAUAGCGUACCUAAUUACUCUAAGGAGAAACUUUGCAAUUUGAUUGAAAACAGAAUAGGGAUGGAACGAUUUCAAGAUGCAAUAGGCGGCAUUACAAAACAUGAGGUUUAUUCUAAGACACUAAAACAUCCACAACCAUCAGCGAAAAGUCCUAAUGAAUUGUUACUGGACCACGAGUUUUGCAGACUGUUGAAAUCCUUAGAAGGAUAUAUCCUUAAAUCAGUACUAGAAGGGAAUAGUUUACAACAAAACAAAGACCAUAUUUCAGCAAUGAUGCCUUCUGAUUCAGGAUUACUGGCAGAAUAUAAAAAACUUGUAAUGGACCUUGAUUUUAAAGCACAGGACCUUAGUAAAGCUAAUGAAACUCUGAUGAAAGAAAAACGUGAAUUAGAGGCUCAAAUAUACGAACUUCAAUCAACAGUCAGUCAAUUAAAAGACCAAAAUUUAGUUCUUCGUGCAGCACAAGCAAAUCUAUCAGAUAGUAAAGAAGUGAUCUCAUCAUCCAAUCACAUAGACAGUAAUAAUGAAGAAUUGAUGAAAUAUAAAAAUACAGUUAAAGAUUUAGAAACUCGUUUAGCCGAAUGUACACUGAAAUUUCAAGAGUAUGAGCGAAAAGCUACGAUUCACAAUAACGAUAUUGAAAGAAUAUUAAAAGAAAGAACAGAGGAACUAGAAAAGAUGAAAAAAGAUCAAGAAGAUCUUUUGGAACUUUUAACGGACCAAGAUAACAAAAUUGUUUUCUGCAAAGAAAAACUUGCUGCAUUAGGGGCGAAGGUCGACUCAGAAGAAAGUUCUGGAGAACUUGAUACAGAUGAUCAACCUGAGUGAAUAAACUAAACUGGUGUAAGUCCUGGUUGCCAUGAAAAAACAUGUAAAAUUUUAUUAUUGUAUAAAUUCUAUUGUGUAUGUGAUUUGCAAGUUUCGAAACAGUUUACGUUCGCAAAGUAAUCUUAUGAAGGGGUAUGAGCCAGCGAAAUUAGGUUAAUACGUGUACAUACAUUUAUUUGUGAAAUACGAUCUACUUUAA